UUGAUUGGCCGGCCGGGCAUAUAGCUUUUUUGAGCCGAGUAUCGUGCACAGAUCGCACACCAGCCACGAGACAAUCAUGUCCAGCGUGACGCAGCUUCGCGCGAUCGUCUGCGUGGCCGCCUUGCUCGGCGGCGCGCGCGCCGAUCAGGAGGUCGGCUUACCAAGGAGCGUAAAAGUUUGCAAUCAUCAAGCGCCCGACUACUCGUCUUGCCUAAGGCUUGCCAUACAAGAGUCAUGGAUGACCUUCGUCAAAGGAAUUCCCGAGCUGGGCUUGCCAGUGCUGGACCCGAUGGAGGUGGACAUGAUGGAGAACGAGUUCCACAUGGGUCAGCUGAUGGGUCGCUUUGUCCUUCGCGACGUGAAAUCGUACGGUGCGGCCAAGAGCAUCUUCCAGGCGGUUCGGCCGACUCGCAGCGCGGACCGCAUGAGUCUGGAGGUGGAUUUCGUGAUGCCCAAGGUGUUUAUCGAGGGCGACUACAAGGCCGAGGGCAGCGUUGGCCCCUACAAGAUCGGCGGCAAAGGAUAUUUCAACAUCAGUAUGGAGGGCGUCAGUACCACUUGGGGUAUAGAAGGUCGCGUGGAGAACGACAGAUGGGUCGUUGAGCACUUCCACGUCUACCCCGAGGUCGAGAAGAUGAAGGUUUACUUCACCGAUCUCUUCAAUGGAAACCCGGAGCUCAACAAGGCCGCAAUGACUUUCGUCAACGAGUACUGGCAAGUAUUGUACAAGGGUAUGCUGCCAGUAGUCGAAAGACAUUGGGACGUCCACUUGACUGACUUUGUCAAUCGGCUAAUCUUCUCCAAGGUGUCUUUCGCCAAAACCUUCCCUUGAAUGAUUCUUGACAACUCAAGUAGAAAAUAGAUCAACAGUGUCGUCGCCGGACGUGUCGUACACGAUGGAAAAGAAAGCAGAGUAUUACUCCUCUGGUUGUGAGCAAAAGAAUGACGAUGAUUUUUCUCUUUUUUUUCUUCUUUGUUGAGCGAUACCUAUGUGUAUGUAAAUAUAGAAAUAAAGAAAAACAUGUAUUUUGUUGGAA